AUGACUAGAAAAAAGGUGAAGCUUGCUUUCAUUGAGAAUGAUACCUCAAGGAAAGCUACAUAUAAAAAAAGGAAGCAGGGUUUAUUGAAGAAGGUCGAUGAGUUAACAACCCUUUGUGGAAUCGAUGCAUGUGCUAUAAUUUAUAGCCCAUACGAUCCUCAACCUGAGAUCUGGCCAUCGCCGCAGGGACUACAAAAUGUGCUCUUAAAAUUCAGGACAAUGCCUGAAUUAGAACAAAACAAAAAGAUGGUGAAUCAAGAUAGUUUUCUGAAACAAAGGAUUUCGAAGGCUAAAGAGCAAGUUAAGAAGCAACAGAAAGACAAUAAAGUGAAAGAGAUAACCAUGUUGAUGUUUCAAUGUCUUAAUGCCGGGAAGAUUGUGCAGAAUAAUAUGUCAGUGGGUGAUCUGAAUGAGCUUGCUUGGAUGAUUGAUCAGAAUCUGAAGGAGAUUUGUAGAAGGAUGGAAGCAGGUGAGAACGGAAUUAAUAUCCAUCAAAAUCAAAGUGGAAAUCAAAUUAUGGCGGCUCAAAGCCAUGCCCAACUCCAAAUGGCACCACCAUUACCACCGCUGCCACCACCACUAACCACAUUUAACAAUGCUGAAAUUGCAAUGACGGAUCAUGGUCAUGUUGGGAUGCCUAUAAACAAUAAUGACAUCAUUCAAAGGCAGUUGUUUAUGGAUAUGAUGCUGAAUGGUAAUGGAAAUGGAACAAUUCCAUUCAGUUAUGAUGCCAAUCUUCAAAAUGGAUUUGGGCCUAAUCGAUUAUCUUGA